CUGAUGGGAGAAUUUCCAGCAAGCCUUUUACUCUCCUUCUCCUCCCUCCCAUCUCUUUAUUUUUCUUCCAUUGGCGAGAUUGCUCCUCCUCUCCCUCCUCCCUUCCCUCAUCUGUGCUGCCAGCCAAAUUAAAACAGCUGGACCCAUUACAAUUCGGCCGUGUGAUUUAAUGGGUUUUAGAAGCAGCGAUGAGAAGACUCGGCAGCAGAUAAAGCCGCUACUCUGCGAUCAGCCAAGGUCAGUGAGUCGGUGCGAUUUGCCGGCCCUGCGCUAAGGGAAGCUGUCCCCCCGGCUGUGGUGCUGAAACCAACGUCCAUUCCGUCUGCCUUGUGAGCUGAGAGCUGAGAGUUGGGCGCAGUGGGUGCUGUGAGCUGGGCAGUGGGUGCUGUGAGCUGGACAGUGGGUGCUGUGAGCUGGGCAGUGGGUGCUGUGAGCUGGACAGUGGGUGCUGUGAGCUGGGCAGUGGGUGCUGUGAGCUGGACAGUGGGCGCUGGAGGAGGCGCGUUGAAGAACAAGGAAAGGAUUGAAUAUUACACUGAAUAUUACACUAUUACACUGUAUAUUACACUGGAUACAUUCAUUGAUUCUUGCCAAGGCUGCAGUUAUAAUUACAGUAUCGGAUUCUUACAGUAUCAGGCUGCUCAUUCACUUUGCUGCCAGCCUCUCUGCUAUACCCACCCCACCAGCUCUUGGAAUAACUGUUACAACAGCAGGCACUCUAUAGCUUUUCCCAGUAUCAUUUCAGCAGAUUAGUAGCAGUGCCUGUCUGCUUUAUCUGUAUUCAUUUCUUUUUUACUCGCCGUUUGCAGCCCUUUCACUGCUAAUUGCUGUACUCAUUUGUCUUACUACACCCAGCCUUGGCCCCCCUUUCCCUGGCUGUAUUCCCUCAGGUGCCUGCCUUGCCCAUUCCAUGACACGCCAGUAAGGCAGACGCAGAAGAGGCGCAGGCUGGCGCUAUGGAGGAAGAACUCAAGUGCCCGGUUUGCGGCUCAUUUUUCCGGGAGCCCCUAAUCCUGCCCUGCUCUCACAACGUGUGCCUGCCCUGUGCCCGCACCAUCGUGGUUCAGACCCCAGAGAGCGAGCAUUUGCCCCACGGUGCCCGGCCUAUGCUGCUCAUGGGGGCAGAUUACGAUUACCCAGACCACCUGGAUAAAAUGAGCCUGCACAGCGAGACGGAUAGCGGGUACGGCUCCUACACGCCCAGCCUCAAGUCCCCAAACGGCGUGAGGGUCCUGCCGCCGGCCCCAGCUCCAUCCUUGGCUUCUUCCUCAGGGGCCUCCUCCCGGGCUCUGCAUGGGAGCCUGUGCAGCUCCUCCUCCAUAACGUGCCCCCAGUGCCACCGCAGCGCAUCGCUGGAUGAGAGAGGCCUCCGCGGAUUCCAACGCAACCGCUUGCUGGAAACCAUAGUGCAUCGGUACCAACAGGAGCGCGGCUUAGCGCCAGGCGCAGAGGGCAGCGCUGCGGCAGAAGCGGCCUGUGGCGGUAGUGCAAAUGCCAGGUGCCAGCUGUGUGACAGUAACCCAGCAGAGGCGGCUGUCAUGUGCGAGCAAUGUGAUGUGCUUUACUGCUCCUCCUGUCAGAAGAAGUGUCACCCUACUAGGGGGCCUUUUGCUAAACACAGGUUGGUGCCCGCCACCCACAUUACACAACCGGGCCCCAGUGCCCACAGACCGGCUACAGCUCUAGUGCCAUCUAACGCUUCCCGCAAGUUCCCCACCUGUGCGGAUCAUGAGCUGGAGAACUACAGCAUGUACUGUCUGAACUGCAGGACCCCUGUGUGUUACCAGUGCCUGCAGGAGGGCAAGCAUGGCAAGCAUGAGAUGAAAGCACUGGGCAUCAUGUGGAAGCAGCAUAAGGCACAGCUUUCCCAGGCCUUAAGUGGUGUAUCUGAUAAAGCAAAAGAAGCCAAAGAAUUUUUGGUUCAGCUGAAGAAUAUUCUACAGCAAAUCCAGGAAAAUGGAUUAGAAUAUGAAGCUUGCUUGGUUGCCCAAUGUGAUGCAUUAGUUGAUGCAUUAAAUCGUCAAAAAGCAAAACUGCUCACCAAAGUUACUAAGGAACGGGAGCAUAAAUUCAAGGUUGUCUGGGACCAGAUAAAUCACUGCACACUGAAACUACGCCAGUCGACAGGCCUCAUGGAAUAUUGUCUCGAAGUAAUUAAAGAAAAUGAUCCUUCUGGCUUUCUGCAGAUUUCAGAUGCUUUAAUAAAGAGGGUUCAAGGUUCUCAAGAACAGUGGGUGAAAGGGGCUUUGGAACCCAAAGUGUCCCCUGAAUUUGACCUCACCUUGGACAAUGAACCUUUGCAGCAGGCUAUUCACCAGCUGGAUUUUAUUCAGAUGAAAUUUCCCAUUACAGUACCCCCAGUACCACUACUUCAGCUGGAAAAAUGCUGCACUAGGAAUAACAGUGUUACCCUGGCAUGGAGAAUGCCACCUUUCACUCACAAUCCUGUUGAUGGAUACAUCCUAGAACUUGAUGAUGGAGAUGGUGGUCCCUUUAGGGAAGUUUACUUGGGCAAGGAAACCUUAUGCACGAUUGAUGGGCUUCACUUUAAUAGCACGUAUAAUGCAAGAGUCAAGGCCUUUAAUUCCACAGGACUUGGACCUUAUAGCAAGACUGUUGUUUUGCAAACAUCUGAUGUGGCCUUUUUUACCUUUGACUCUAACGCUGCACAUCGAGACAUAGUAUUGUCCAAUGAAAAUAUGACAGCCACUUGCAGUAGCUAUGAUGACCGAGUGGUACUGGGCACUGCUGCAUUCUCCAAAGGCAUUCAUUACUGGGAGAUACAAGUUGAUCGAUAUGAUAACCAUCCUGACCCAGCUUUUGGUGUUGCGAGAAUAAAUGUUGUGAAAGACAUGAUGCUGGGAAAGGAUGAUAAAGCUUGGGCAAUGUAUGUGGAUAAUAAUCGAAGCUGGUUUAUGCACUGCAACUCUCAUACCAACCGGGCAGAAGGUGGUGUGUGCAAGGGAACUACAGUUGGUAUUCUUUUGGAUCUAGUUAAACGCAUAUUGAUCUUUCAUAUUAAUGGAAAGCAGCAGGGUCCCAUAGCGUUCGAGAACAUUGAGGGUGUGUUUAUGCCAGCUGUAAGUCUCAAUCGGAAUGUACAGGUGACUCUUCACACAGGACUUGAAGUGCCAAUGAUCUACAGGCAGACCAAGCCGCAAAAUUGAUUUAACCCUGAAACUGGUGCAGGCUUUUACAUGUUUUCUUUUAUAACCUGGAUGCAACUGUCAUAAAACUCUACCUUAUGAAACAAACUAUAAUUUUUUUUAAAAAACCAUAAAUUGGGUGUCACAAGAUGUAUUUUUCCAUGUUGGAAUUUCAUUUAUAAAAUGAUUUUAAAAUUAGACAACAAAUAACAAGAGUAUGUGGUACGUGGUAUACAACUGAUAGUAAAAAAAAAAAAAAGCUUUUCUGUUGUGCACAACAAAAUAUGGAUAAUUGGUGAUAGAGGAUACAAGUGUAGCAGUUUAAGGUGUUCUGGAUUAUGUAUCAAAUCUCCAAAGGAGAAAAUUGGAAAGGGAAGUGCACAUUCUGGAAUGAGGUUUCCUGUGAGAUGUAGCUUAAGCUCAUAAAAAAACAAAAAAAACGUGAUAAUUGUCUUUGUGGUUAAGUGUUAACAAAAAUUGUAAACCAGUUAUUUGUUGUGUUGUUUGUGAUAAGGUAGGUCUCUAGAGGCUGUCACACGUGUUGAACCCAGCCUUUGGUGCUAAGUUUUAUAUCAGUGUAUGUAUAUUAUAGACACCUUUGAAUGAACAGUCUAAGGAAAUUCCAUUUCAGUGGGAUUAUUAUCUGGACCAAGAAGUUGAGGAAUUGCCUGGUUUACAGAAAAUAUGGAAUACAGGGUGACCUAUGUACAUGGGAUGAUUUGGCCUAAAAGGCAGUCUUUGUUUAAUCUCCAAGUGCUAAAUAAAUAGGGUCUGUAAAUACACAGAAUUUUAAUACACUCAAAUAAUGGAGCUUACUUAUUUCUUCAUAUAAGUGCACACAGUAUGUUGUGUACAAAUGAUAUUUCUUUGUCAAGGGUAACAUCUAAAAUGAGAAUGUGACAUGUUAACUUGGCAGUACCUAAGGACGGUUAGAAACCAGAGAAUGAAUUUAGCAAAUUUUCCAUUUGUUUUCAGGCAAAUACUAAAUUGUUUUAAAGUUAAACCGUUAAAUGAUCAUUGCUUCUUCCUGUAAUUGGGAUAUAAAUGUGCUGCAGAUUAUAAUGUAUGUACACACAUGUAUGUGCACUUACACGUAUGUAUUUUUCAUUUUUUUUCCAUAAGGGUACAAUGGAAGGGAAAGCUCUAUCAAUUCUAUUAUAUAAAUACAGUUGCUAUUUUACACUUGCUGCUAUGAAAAUUCACAUGGAGCACUUGGGGCAUAACUUUCUUUCCCUAUAUAUUCCCCAACUCUUGCAUGCUCUUGGGCACUAUUUGUGGCAACACUUACACACUGUGUGAUCCAUAACGCCACAAGCUACCCUCCUGCUUCUGUUUGCUGAUUAAUUAAAUCUUCCACCUAAUUAUUUAAACCAUGGUGGAAACUGGCAAUAAAUGUAAUCGCUCCCACCCAGAUACAAGACAUAGUUUAUGCAGUGAAUUAUAUAACAUUGCCCUUAUAUUGCAUUGUCUUUGUUUUCUGGCCAGGGGAUCUAGUGUAUCAUUCUCAACAUUUUGUCAAUACAAAUUUUAAAAUACAAAUUAUUUAUAAAUGCAAAGGUAUCUAAAACAUUUAUCCCAAAAUACUGAAAAUAUCAGCAUCAUAUCAGGACUUUUCAUAGUAUAUGUAUAACUUAUGUAAAACUUCAUAAACACAACCUAAACCUUGCAUGCAAACCUAUCUCUCUUCAAAGUGAUAUUGGGCCAGAGUGUUUAACAGUUUAUACUAUCUCUCUAACUGGUACCAAUUAUUAUUUUACAUCAUGUCUGUAGUUCUGGUGCCAGUUUACAGAAAGAUAACACAGCUUCAACUCCCAGCAUCUUUUAACUAUUGACUGAUGUAUGCUUUCGAUUCUUGAUGUUGUUGGCCAAAAUUUAGAGUGCUGUAAAGUUUCUGAGUGCUGAGAGCUGUCUAAAGACGCCCCCUGCCUCAGUUGGCUCUUCUGUUGUUCCGUUCUGCUUGCCAGCUGGAAAUGUCUUAUGUUUUUAAAUCCAUGAUAUUAGCAGUGUAAGACUGCUAAUAAGAAAUGACAAUAAAAAUAAAAUGAAUUAAUUGCAAAGUUCUCAGAAGAGCCUUUUGAGCAAUUUUACAUUGUUUUCUGGGUGGGUAAUUAUUCCCUAUAACACUUUAUACUUUUUAUGUACAUUUACUAAAGGACCAAUACAAGACCAGUGCCAUGACACCCGCUGGAACCUUUUAGAUGCUGAAUUAUGAUCAGUCAGUCUAUUCUUUCAUCUUAUUGUGGAUCACAAACUUUUUGACUUUUGGUUGUAGGGAAAAAGACAUUAUCCUGCUGUGGUAUAUAUCAAUGACCUCAAACACAUUCCCAAGCUAUGCAUCUUCAAAAUCAUGUCAAAGAGUCCAGUUCUUGGCUGCUACAUGGGUCAUAUAGCAGUUGAUUAGACCUGUAGAAGAGCAUAUCCUGGCAAUCAAGCUUAGCAGCUGCUAUUGAUCAACAACAUCCUAAGCAUCAAAUAAUAAAUAACUGUAUACCUCCUUAAAGUAUAUACUUAUCAAGGAAGACUUUUAUCAGCAAAUGACACAAAGCCCCCUCUCCUUAAUUAAUUAAUUGCCAUUGGGUUGUGGGAACUGUGGUAAUGCAGUAAUUGUAUCUUAUCAAUAAAAUUAUCUGAACAAAACGCUUUGGGAGUUCAAAGGUCUCAAGAGCCAUUCAAACCAGCUUUGCUUUGAACUGCAACUUUCUUUUACUCCACUUUUACUCCAUUUUUAAAGGGUCCUGGAGUUGAUAUACCAUAAAAGUCAAGGUGAACUUGAGCAAAAUCAUUCAACAUAUAUAUACAGUAGGGCUGCAAAAGUAAAAUCAUAGUAGAAAAGAAGUUAAAUGAGUAUAAAGGUAUGAUGCAGCAUGCCCAGGAACCUCACUAUGGUGUGAUACCCUGGAUGUUUGGCUUCUAUGUAGACCUCCCAAAGCAAUGGACAGCAAAGUCAGCUAGUACUUAUAUGGUGCCAAACAAGGGUAAAUGUUUGAGGGAUAUAAAGCUCCCUUUGACAUUUUUUGGCAAGCCUUGUUCGGCCCAGUAUGUGCAAUAUCUGGCUUUUGCAGAUCCUUGUGUAUAGUGACCUAUUGCUUUUGCAGAACUCUGCUGUAUGGUACAUGGUGCAAAUAUUUCAUAACAGUUUCAUAAUAUUACACAGUAGUUCUGCCUUAAAGUACCUUAUAUGCCUCUCGAAUCUUGUAAAUUCAAGUUUUGUAAAUAUUUCAAAACGUAUUAAGCAAAUUGUUUCAAUUCAAAAGCACGUGACACUGUGUUAGAAGUAGAUGUGUAGAAAUAUCUUAAUAACAAACUAGAAAAUACACUGAGGUAGAUUCACAUUUUCAUUCUGUCAUUUCUGUAUUUUGUACUUGCGUGGCCUUCACCAAGACCAUAUCCGUAGAUUUUACCACUGUGAUAAAUAGCAUUAGCUUUUGUACCCCACUGAAUAUCCCACCUUGUGGCACUCUGACCAUGAAUUUGCCUGGAACAUGUACUGUAUAUACCUAAGAUACUUUUCUGUGAUUACAGUACUGACACAUGAGGAAACACCUUUGGGUUAGCCACACACAGAAACUACUAUUUUUGGACAUACAUGAAAACUUCUGUCAAGGCCUAACCUUCAAAAACACAGUAUACACCUAAAACCCCCUUUGCUAAAAUGAACACAAUAAAUAGAAUUUGUGUUGUAAUACAUUCUGCCUUUUGAAAAAAAUCCAUAUUUUCCCAACUUUAUGCUAUUUUCAUUGAACUGAUUCCCCCUUUCCUUUAUAAACAGGGCAGUUUGUUUAGAUCUCCCUAUCUACCAUUCAAGAAACAAAUCCCUAGCUUCUCUAAGCAGCAACCUUUGAGUAGCUCAUUAUCAGGGGCACCUCUGUGGACAAGUAAUUAGUUUUAUCAGCUCCUCUAACGUUCUGUGGGAUGAGGAAGUCACAGGAAGUGACACUGGCCUCAUAUUCUUGUUUAGUGCCAGAAAUAAUAUUUCCUAUUUAAAACAACAGCACUAAACCAACAGAAAAUGGAUGUAUGCUGUCCAUUUCGGUUUCUAGUGCUGUUUCUGAGUGUUCUGAUGAGGUAUGUGACUAUGUAGUGUGGAUUUCAUAAUUGUUACAAAACUGAUUAGUAACAAACAUUACAAAACAUUUCCUUUUAAAUUUCCAGACCAAAAUAUUUACAGACAAACAUGAUAAAACAAUUGGAGAAAGGCAGAAGAACCAAAAGUAACUAAGGCACGUAAUACUGGUUUUUCUCAUCUUUCUUUCAUUUUUUUAAAAUUAAAAUAAUAAAUUAAAGCUUCUUUUUCAAAUAAUUAUAACUUAUGGGUAAUGUUGGGAGACAUGAAGGGCAGUUUAUUAAGAUAUUUAUAUAUUUCAUAGAUCAGAUUUGUUUCAUUAAGAGGUGCUUAUUUCUUCUUUUGUUUUAAUAUAUACUUUGGCUCCAAACUCUGGAUAACUAGUGUCUGCUUUGAGUUCUACCAUAUAGGGAUCAUUUCGACCCACUGCACAAAGCAUUCACUUAAAUAUUGCUAUCAGUACUGUAGAUUCUUGCAAUCUCCCCCAGGCUGUAUUCUCUAGAAGGCUGCCAUUCUUACUGUACAAAUGCAAGCUGUCUAGCAGUUCAAGUGGAUUUCAUUCUGACAAGGUGAAGCCCAACACCCACCACAUUGGGACAAAACUUGCCCCUGGAUUAGGAAUAGCACUGUAAUGCUUUUCUUUCUCAUUUUCUGUUUUCUUAUAUUCAGCACUGUUGAUUGCAAAUUGUUUACUUUUAUAUUUGUACUUUCACGAAGAGAAACCCAAAUAACUUCUUUUCUAAUUUUGUACUGCUCCGUUAAUGUGUGUAUGUCCUAAUUUAGAGGGAAUGAUUGGCUACUACAUGUCUCUAAUGUUAUGGUAAUUUGAUUUAUGUUGCAUCAGUGUGGUUUUACAGAUUUUGAAUAAAAUUCUUACAAUACAGCCAACAAUUAA